GGGGCAGUGGGAAGAUCCGGAGCGGAGACUGCAGCACUGCCCGUCCGACGGGCAUCCAGCUGUGCGCGGAGUAACUUAAACAAACAUAGGAAUGUACAGAUUUUACAAUGCCCAGUGUCUGGAAAGCUCAGAGGAAUACUAGACUGGAAUAACUGUUUAGUGGUCCCCAAAGGACAAACGACAAAAGUACAUUAUAGAAACCAAGGUCAGUCUGAAGCGGCUCCUCCGUCACCCCGUCAGAGAAUGAAAAUCGCCGUGCUCCUCUGCCUCCUGGUGGCCGGGACAGGGGCUGCGCAGUUCGCCAAUGGCAUCACGGCGAGCACCUUAAUGGAGGCUCCCGUUGCCCCGAGCAACGCUUCCCAGUCUGAAGUUCCAGCGGCGAGGCCCGCCUCUCCCCGGGCCCCCUAUCCACCAAUGUGUGUCAAGCAAACUGAGAUCAAGCACGCCUUCAAGUACGUCAACACAGUGGUGUCCUGUCUGAUCUUCGUGGUGGGCAUCAUUGGGAACUCGACCCUGCUGCGCAUUAUCUACAAGAACAAGUGCAUGCGGAACGGGCCCAAUGUGCUCAUUGCCAGCCUGGCCCUAGGGGACCUGCUCUACAUCCUCAUCGCCAUUCCUGUCAAUGUCUUUAAGCUGCUUGCUGAAGACUGGCCAUUCGGGGUGCACGUCUGCAAACUCAUGCCAUUUGUCCAGAAGGCUUCUGUAGGCAUUACUGUGCUCAGCUUGUGUGCCCUCAGCAUUGACCGAUACCACGCAGUGACAUCCUGGAGCCGGGUGAAGGGCAUCGGCAUCCCGUUGUGGAAGGCAGUGGAGGUGACACUGAUCUGGGUGGUGGCGGUUGUCUUAGCUGUGCCGGAAGUGCUGGCCUUUGACAUGAUGGAGAUGCCCUACCGCGGGACCAAGCUGCGUGUAUGCCUUCUGCAUCCGCAGCAGAGCACACCCUUCAUGAAGUUCUACCAGGAUGUGAAGGACUGGUGGCUCUUUGGCUUCUACUUCUGCCUUCCCCUGGCCUGCACGGGAGUCUUCUACACCCUGAUGUCCUGCGAAAUGCUCAGCCGCAAGAAGGGAAUGCGCAUAGCCCUCAACGACCACAUGAAGCAGCGUCGAGAGGUGGCCAAAACCGUAUUCUGCCUUGUGGUGAUCUUCGCCCUGUGCUGGCUCCCUCUCCACCUCAGCCGAAUCCUAAAAAAGACAGUCUACAACCAGAACGACCCGAACCGAUGUGAACUCCUAAGUUUCCUGCUGGUGAUGGAUUACAUCGGUAUCAACAUGGCUUCCCUAAAUUCUUGUAUCAAUCCUGUGGCACUAUACUUUGUGAGCCAGAAGUUUAAAAAUUGCUUCCAGUCUUGCCUGUGCUGUUGGUGCCAGAGACCAUCAAGAAACAUCUCAUCCACAGACGAAAGGAUUAUGGGCGUGCGCUGGAAGGGAUACUGCCACGAGCACGGCCUGGAUCGGACCAGUUCUCGGUCUAGUCAGAAGUACAGCUCCUCCUAAGAACAAAGCACCUGGGCUGACUGGGACAGAAAGUGGGAAGAUGGUCAAACAGCAAAAUCCAUGCCAGCCCAGUCUAAACACUGCUAGACACGAGGGCUUCUGCUGUGUCACAGCCACACUGAAGGGGACAGGGGGACAAAUGUGAAUAACUGGAACCACCAAUCCAAGCAGCAAAUAAAUGCAUCUACAGUCUGCAUCUCUCUACCCAGAGACAUUGUUUCCUUGCGACACCUUAAAGAAGAUUUACACACACAUACGGAAAACCUAGUGUGUCUCCAACAAAGACACUUAGAGCAUGACUGUGUUUAAGCAGAAGAUGAUUGCAGAAGAGCACACUGGCUGGGCCUGUGCAAGUCUGCGGACAGCAGGCCCAAGGUGAACCUGGAACACUGUGACAUCACCUCCAUGGGAGAAAUAUAAGCUUUAGCCAUUUUUAUGAAUGGACAACUUUAUUUGAAUUUCAGUAUUACAGAGUUUCUUAUGUACAUACCGUAUUGAUAUAUACUUCUAAACAAAUGUAUCUUUGUUGAAUAGUUCAUUGGAAAAUGACACCAAAGACAAGAAGACAUAGUUCAGGAGAAGAUCUUCUACCAACUAGCCGCCACUAUAUAUAUUUUUUUGUUUCAGAAUUUGAAUUAGUUGACUUUAACCAUAAUGCUGUGGGUAUACAGAUCAAAGCUGAUGCCUUCCCCAACGAAAAUGACCUUUCAUGAUAAGAAUGUUUCGUAUCUGUAUUAUGUUGGCUCACAUUCUGAACAGUAUGGAUUUUAUUUAUUUACAAUUAUCAGGCAACUUCAGCCCCAACAUCUGGAACUGAAGCAGUAAUGUAUUAAGCACCGAUGAUUGUGGCUGAGAGUCUGUUUAUUUUCUAGAAUUUUCAUGGCGGACUGAGGGAGUCUGACACAGAAAACACGCAAACCUCUCAAGCUCCAUGAGUAAUUGUUUAUUAAUAGCAUUUGCAAAUUAAAAUAUAUCCAAAAAUGUGUUUGAAUCUUUAUGCCAGUAUAUUCCACUUAAUCUGAACGAAAUCCUGAACUCCUAAUGUUUUCAUUUAGGUUUGUUCAAUGAAGAUCUACUGUACAUAUGUACAUAUUAAAUAUCACUUUUCCCAAUCAAGUAUUUCAUCUAUUGCAAUGGUACAAAUUUUUUUUUAUUGAAUUUCUAAGGAGACAUUAAAUAUAAAAAGAUGUGAUUUGCUGAAAAAAUAUAUAUAUAAACAUUUAUAAAGAUAUACCUAUAUGUCUGUACAUACGUCUGUACUUUCAUGUGAGAUAUCACUGCCAGCUAUAUGAUUAAAUUUUGUCUAAAUGCCCUUCCAGAUUUUAUGUUAUGUAAAACUAUGUUCACAAGCUUAGCAUUUCAUUGUUGUGUGAAGGGUUAACACCGUGUGUCUGUUCUAAAAACAAGUUUUGAAUAUAAGCAAAGCUUUUUAUACUGUACCUAGUUGUUGGCCAAUAGAGCAAAUAAAUGCUAUUUUAUCAU